UAACUCAAAUGAGGCUUUUACAGAGGUGCAGGCCCAAGUCCAUUGUUUGACUGUCCUAAGCCUGCGUGGCCCAACAGAUAUGAAUCUAUUCUUUGAAACAUGCUAAUCAGUUUGAUAAACAUGCACACGUUUGAGUUUCUGUUGUUGUUUGUGUUGUUGUUAUUUGUGUUGUUGUUUGUGUUGUUCCUUCUGGGUGUGUGGACCAGGUAAUAGUCUUGUCCGGGAUCAAACUCUCUCCGACUCUUUUCUUCUCGUCUGUUUGUCAGUUUAACACUUUGAUGUCAGAGCUCAUUACAGAGUCAUGUGAGGCUCAGUCACACACACACACACACACACACACACACACACACACACACACACACACACACACACACUUUAUCUUUUUCACUUCAAAGACGGAUGAAAAUGUAAGAAUAAGAUUUAAAUGCUUCCUCAUUGGCUGACAGUCUAACUUGUAGCCCCGCCCCCUCAGGUGUCAGGUGUGGUGCUGCUGUCGGUGGGGUUAUGGUGGAAGUUCAUGUUGGGCCCCUACAUGUUGUUGAUCUCCAGCGCCCCCUCCAACGCUCCCUACGUCCUGACGGGCACCGGGCUCGCCAUCAUCGUGUUCGGACUGUUUGGCUGCUUCGCCACCUGCAGGGGGCGCCCCUGGAUGCUCAGAGUGUACGCCGUCUUUCUGUCUGCCGUCUUCAUGACUGAACUCAUCGCUGGAAUCUCUGGAUUCGUCUUUCGUCACGAGAUUAAAGGGACGUUCCUCACCACGUACAGUGAAGCUGUGAUGAGAUACGACGGACGAGACGACAGGAGUCUGGCUGUGGACGGAGUUCAACGAAGAUUACAAUGCUGUGGAGUCUAUAACUACACCAGCUGGUUCAGCAGCGUGUAUUUCCCCGUCGGUGGAGUUCCCUCCAGCUGCUGCGUCAGUUACUCCGACUGCAGCUCAGCAGACCUGAAGAACACGACCCUGGCUGCACGUAAAGUCCACAAACAGGGAUGUUAUGAGUUGGUGACGUCGUUCAUCGAGAGCAACAUGGGAAUCAUCGCUGGAGUGACCUUUGGCAUCGCCUUCUCUCAGCUGAUCGGGAUGUCACUCGCCUGCUGUUUGUCCCGCUUCAUCAACGCCAACCAGUACGAGAUGGUGUAACAGGAAAGAGACGGGGAUGCUCGUCACCAUAGAAACCAGGCAACACCCCACACACACACACACACACACACACACACACACACACACACACACACACACACAAGCUGUCGAGAUUCCUCUUUUUAUUUAUUUCUGAGGCUUUGAAUGAUUUCCCUCUUCUGUCUGUGUUUGGUCUCCACGUUGAAGCUGAUUGGUCGAUUCUUUGUGUUUGAGCUCAGGUCAAAUUAAACUACAACAUCAUUAAUAUCUGUAACAAUAAAAGACUUCAGAUGGCCCGCUGCCUUGUGAUUCUGUGUUGAUUAUAUUUCUGUCUCCAACUUUGAUUUAAAGGUUUUAAUGUGAAUGUGAGGAGAACAGAGUGACUCUGUGUCAGUACGGCAAGCAGCAGGUCCAAAAUGUCUCUCAUGAGCCUUAAAGGUCAUAUAUCCUCCUCCUCCUCUCUCAGAGCUCCUCACAACAUGUCUGUGAAGCUUCUUGUUCUAAAUCCACUCUGAUCCUGCGCGCUAUUUGAGCCCGAGAUUAAAAACGACAGUGAUGAUUACAUACAGCCACAUGGGGGCGCUGUUUCAUUUACUCAUAAUGUAAAUGAUGUUAGUGAGUCUCAUUCUGAUGGAUAAUUAACGUCAGCUCAACCAGUUUUCAUCUCAUUCAACAAAAACUCUCAAAAAUGUCUUUAUAUAAUAAACUUUAUAUUUCAAUUUGCAUUUUUUUAAUCUUUAAAGUCUCAGAGGUGUUUUCAUUCUCCCACGAGGUGCCACUCCACAUAACACUGUAUGUAACUUUAUCUUGGUGCUUUCACAUCUUGUAAUCUUGUUUUCUGAAAUAUAAAUGAGUUCUGUCCUUGGUCAAA